AGAAAAUCGAGUAGUUACUAGCACAUGCCCCCUUGAUCGCCCCAGACUGGAUGCUAAGUAUGCAAUUAAAACCCCAAAUUAACCACUACCACCUAAAGUGUUUUGUCUGUUUAUUAUUGACCUAUCAUAUAACAACACGUGCCUCUUGAUUUCGUAAAAACCAAAUAUCCCAACCGAACAAACAGAACCCUCGGUUUCUUCUUCUCUCCUCUUCUCCGGUAUCAGAAUCCAGAGUCAUGUUGGAACAAUCUGUAUCUUUUGUACCCUCAAUUUUGGCAUCAAUGAACAGCUGGUUUACUCCCACUGUCCUAUUCGUCUUCCUCAACCUCAUGAUUGGAACCAUUGCUAUCACUUCGAGCUUGGCGAAUUCCCACAGAGCCAAUGACCAACAACACACACAACAAGACCAUCCACAGCCCCACCAACUCGCUAGAUCUCCCUCUGUGUUGCAGAGACUCAAAUCCAUUAACUUUUACACUUACAGAUCCCCCGAACUAAACUCCAUUGUCGCUCAAACUCCUGCUAUGGACUCCCAUUUGACUUAUCAUCAAUCCACUCCUGGAUCUCCUUUGUUACAAAGGCUUAAGUCGAUUAAUCUCGACAACUAUUUGUCUCAAGAAUCUCCUACUCAUCAACAAGAGAAUGAGCGUCAGCAAGAACCACAAGAAGAACGAGAGGAGGAGAAGGAAGGAGAUAAAUACAAAUACAUCCCAAAUGAAGAAGAAGACGCUCCUGAUCUUGAUGAGGUAUAUCGAAAACUGAAGCGCAGGCACGUAAGCAGGACCAAAUCUGAUACCGAACCAGUGGGAGGAGAGAUACCCAAGAAGCUACCAGAGAAAAUGAAGAAGUCUGCGAGUACAAAGUCUGCCUUUUCUCACUUCGAAGAAGAAGACAUUGUUGAGACCCGUAGGCCUGCAACUGCUAAAGAAGGGAAAGCUAAAGAGACGCAAGUGGUUGACGAUGAAGUUGAUGCUAAAGCUGAUGACUUUAUCAACAAGUUUAAGCAUCAGUUGAAGUUGCAGAGGAUUGAUUCCAUUAUAAGGUACAGGGAGAUGAUCACUAGAGGAAGCGGAAACUAAACUAGCUAUAGCUUUGGUUUCGUUGAUUAAUUUUUUUUGUUUAAAUUGAAACUUUAGGAGUCUCUUUCUUGGAAUGUAACUGCAGAUCUACUGCUUAUGUAUGCCACUGAUAUUUCUAGUCUCAUUCUGUUUAUUCAUAUGGGGUUGCAUGUCCAUGGAAGUAAGAAAUAGAUGCCCGCAGUUGCAGAGGCUUGAAUAACAGAAAUGCCCGUUGGAUUGAAGCGGAGGAGGAGGAGGAGGUCAGAUUGUAUUGAGUUACGGAAAUACCCAUGGAUAUUACGUUAGGUACGGUUAAAAUAAAGGGCAGUUUGGUGAAAGGACAUUGAUUGGUUGGUGUGAAACACGUGGGUGAUAUUAUUGGGUUACCAGGCAGGCAUUUUGUGGUGCAUGUAAGCUGGGACAGGAAUCAAUUUGUAUGUUAUGGUCAGAAAUUAAAGGGGAUGCAUGGGUUGUAAUAUUGUCAACCGAGAGUUGGUGUGUUUUUGUUUUUAUCUUAAGUGCUUCUUUUAUAUAAAUAAAUAAUUAAAUAUUAUUCUAUUUUAAA